AUGUCUUCCAAAACAUUCUCAUUAAUCGAGUGUUUGUUUCUACUCUUACUGACCUCAACCUUUGCCGGUUUAUCUGGCAAGGGAAAGGGAACAUACACAACUCUCGUCGACGCGAAAGAUGUUGAGAAAGUACCAGAGCUCGAUCUGACCAAAAUGAUUAACGAGAAUGUGUAUUCCAAGAUAUUUGUCCGAAAACGUGAGGAACACAAACUGUUGGUCAAUCAUCUGCGAUCGAUUGAAGAUUAUGGAAAACGCUACAAGCUGAUGAAAUUGGGGAUUGAUGAAAUCAUUAGGAUAAUCCGUGAAGAAGGUGGUAAACUGCGCGGGAACAAAGUAACAGCCGAAUCCGAGUUUCCCAAACUGCAGGAGCUGAUCAAUGCGCUCGCACAAUUCCUCGAGAACACAUGUCUGUUCGGUGAAAUGGUUUUACACUUUCCUGACAUGUCCUACCGUAUACUGAAGAACGUUUCUGAUUGGCGCACCCUAAUGACCGACGCCCUGAACUACACCAAAGCGUUUGUACAGAUUUUGGAUGAAAAGUCUAUCGAAAUGUUGAGUUUGCUAAAUCAGGAGAUCAACGAAGACCAGCGUACGCCUGAGUACGUUAACCCGUACCGGGAAACCGCUCAACCAACCGAAACGAAAAGGGACAAGACGAAAAAAAAGUCCAAACCGAAAAAAGGACCAGCACUGUCACCCACUAAGACAGAGUUAUAAACACAAAAAACACAGGCCAUUCCGGUUGUAGAAAAUGUUUUCGUUCACUUAAAUAUACGCUUAAGAAGAAUUUACA